AAGUUUGUCAUUUAUUUGCCAGUCAUAUUCUGGGUUGCAAAUGUAACAGUUCAUCUUGAAAAGACUGCUUCUCAAUCAGGGCUUAAAAAUCAGCAGACUGACUUGGAACAAACUUUGACAAAGGACCUAGAAAGGAAAUAAUUAAAAGCGCAAGUGAUUAUUAUAAGGAUACCUUGGUCUACUCUUUGCAUAUUAUGGCAUCCUUUACUGCACUUGGUCUUUUCAUUCUGUUGGAAUUCAUCAACCUCUCAGCAGCAAACAAGGACACCUGUGAACUCUAUGCAGCUGUUGGGCAGAGUCUGACUCUGCCAUUGAACUACAACAGACUGGAAAACUCACAUGUGCUGAAAUGGUUUCAUAAUGACACAAUCAUUUUGUACAGAGAGAAAGGCAAAGUGUCUAUUGGAAAACCAGCGGACGUCUCUGCAACCGGAUCUCUUUCGCUGAAGAGCCUACUGUUCUCAAGUGCUGGGGUUUACGAAGCAAAUGUGCUGAAUCCCAAUGGUACACUGGCUUUAUCAUGGACUGGUCGUCUCUGUAUGAUGGACAAGGUAUCCAAACCUCAACUCACUUAUCGCUGUGACUUCAAGUCUAGUGCUGUUAAUCUAAAUUGCUAUGUAGAUAAACCUCAGGGUUUGGUGUUCUCAUGGACACUCGAUGAAAAGACCUUAACAAGCGAAACAAGACAAACAUUGAGCAUAUCAUUGGCACAGCUGAAAGGAGAGAGGGACUUUUCAUGUAGUGCGGCAAACAAAGUCAGCACUCAGAAGAGUGACACUGUCCGUCCAACCUGUAAAAGUCCAUCACCGUCGCCACCACCUUUGCUCUGUUUUACAUCCAAAACUGUUUUAGCAGUGGUAGCAGGAGGAGCAGGUCUGAUUCUGCUUUUGAUCACUAUUAUCAUCAUAUUGUGUUGCUGCUACAGUUGCAAGAAAAACCAAAUGAGACUCAAAGAUAAAGGGGGGCUCAGGAUGCUUUCUCUCAGCAAACGAGAGCCGGACUCCAUCAGCCCAGACUAUGAGACUAUGCACCCGUCUAAGGACUCUCCACCUGUGAGCCCAGAGCCUCCACCCAGAACCUGUUAUGAGAGUGUUUCUGAGCCCGAGACUGAAAGCAGGCCUCCUCAGUUAUCCACAGCUGCGGAAGGACAACAACCUUCACCGGUGCCGAAGCCGAGGACGAAGAGCCCCCAGGCACCAAACAUCUGAAUGUGGAAAUAAGCACUGGAGGAAGAACAGUAAUUAAGACAAAGAGACAUGUUGGUUUUUUUUUGGGGGGGGGGGGGGUGAAAAACAUGCAACUGAACCAAAAUGAACAAAACCAUUUCAAUAAAUAGAAUAAAUGGGCUUAAUCAUGGUGGGCUUGGGAGGGAGAACCUGAGGUAGCAAUAUUUUCUUUUCUUAGCAACUUUAAAUGUGAUAUCAUGGCUUAUCUGUGUUGAAUUUGUUAUUGUUAAAUUUUGUAGAUAUGGUGGUGGUGUUAAGGGUUGUACACAGUAUGAUACAAGAAUCUGUUCCGGGUGCAUUUCUAUAUUGUUCAUGGUGUUAUGAAUAAAGCAAUUUUCAGACAAAAA